CGAAUCUACAAUAGAUUGCUGGCAAUAAUCGAGCGGAAACCAUGGAGCUCACCGCGUGGCGCGAAGCGGUGUCUUACGGCUCGUAUCUGCAGCCGAUCCAUCUGGAAGUGGUCGGAUCUAAUUCGGAAUCUUCAUUUACCCCUUGUAUCCAAGAAUUAUCAUCUCAAUCGGCCCAACACUCGAAUGAUCCUAGUGAAAAGCCUGCAGAAACCUUAACAAACGGAACUCCGAUCAGUGAACAGACUCCAGAGACCUCUACAGCUUCACAAACCGACCAAAAUACUGCUCAAGCGACAGUGGAGACGGUGGACGUCACAGUGAUACCGCCAUUUACCUGUGAAGGUCUCAAUGGCGGCGAGCAGAUAGCUCUAAACGUCGGUGGGCCAGUCUGGGCCAUGGACUGGCUGCCGUCAAAGCCAGCUUCUAACGCAGCCACAGUAGCUGCUGCUCUGAUUAAGAGCAAAGAAAAGAAGCCUCGGCGCUCUUCUGCAGCCAGUAAAAAGGCCCAACAAGCUGCGUUAAAGGGCAAGGAGAACAACCAAGUGGAAAGCGCAGAUGGAAACACGACUGCAGCCUCUAAUAGCAGCGCAGACUCUCAAAACGGGUCUAAAUUAGAGUGGAGAUUCCUGGUUUUAGCCACACACCCGCCGUGCCAAGUGGAGGACGGGAAAGUGGUGAAAAAUACACCACCAGAUCAUUAUUACGAUGUGCCGGAGAGUGCACGGAAUUUGAUCCAGAUCUGGGCCGUGCCGGUGCAACGACCGAAAACAUUGACAGGUAAAAGAGGGAAAACGGAGAAGAAACCGGCAAAACCAAGGCUGGUGUAUGCUAUAGACCAUGAGAGCGGCGUGGCGUGGGAUCUGCAGUGGUGUCCUCUAGUGAAAAAGUUCCCCAAGAGUCCACGGCGAGAAAACAUUCUAGGAAUAUUGGCAGCAUGUUUUGGAGAUGGGAGUGUGAGGGUAUUCGAGGUCCCGAUGAUUCCAGAGGAGAGGCUACAGCUGAAUAUUGGCAAGGAACAACGUCUCGUGGACAAGAACAUCCCGAUUGUGGUUGCCAAGUUGCCGCGCAUUAUGCAGCUAAGCGUGCAGUGGUCUCCACACACGUGGAAUCUGCUUCUGACUGGCGGUUCUGAUGGCUCCGUGUCACUAUGGAAUAUUAAGUCGACGGUUAGCGAGAGUGACAGUUUGGGUGAUGAACGUGCGGAACCAGAGCCGAUAGAGCCUCAAAGACGCUUUCAAGACGCCGACACUAUAGGAAAGCAGGAAGCGUUUGAUUGGGGCUGUGGUUGGGUAGCCAUCCGUGCCGUUGCCUGGUCUCCAUUCGAUGAACAUUUAUUCGCAACCACGGGCAAUGACUCGGUAUUUAAAGUCUGGGACGUCCGCGAGCCCCGUGUGUGUCUACGAUCACAUCGAAUACGCUCUACGUGGGGACUAGCACUGCAGUGGAUGGAUCAGACGUCUAUCCAAAUCUCCGGCGACCAAGGCUCCGUCUACAUGUAUGAUAUCCUGAGUGGGAGCUACCAGAAGCUGCACUUUCACCCCCAGAUCGACUCCCCCGUGUGGGAUCUGCAGUUCGCUCGACGCGGCGCCGUCCCGCUGCUUCUCUCCUCUUGCACGUCUGGCAGCAUUCGAGCUGCACCGGCCAAGAAAUUGUAUCGCGCUCCUCAGAACUGCGUCGAGAUCUGUCGUCUAUCCGGUCAAAAGGAUUCCAGUAUCGACAAGCCGUUCAAGUCUCUUAGAAUAUCGUUCGACAAGCACUCGGUGUUGGGGUCUGCAGAUUCUGUGAGUCAAACUACGCGCGAGUUCUGCGAGCGAGAUGCUGCUCUGCACCGCCUGCGUUUAUCCUCCAUCACUCCAGGUGACUACCCGUGUUUCCUGGCGGCUGGAGGCCAUGCUGGACUUGUGAUCCUGUUGGAAAUGCAGGAGACGCUCGACACAUUAAUCUCCACGUUCUUUAUGCCUCCUUCCAAGAAAACUGGCCGGCCGAAGAAGAUAUUCGCUACGGUAGGUGGUCACCACGUGUCGAAGAAGAAGCCAAGCGAGACUGCCAAAGGCGCAGCAGGAAGGAAAGGACGGACGCUCGGGAGUUUCGCCAAAGCCAAAGGGAUGCACACAGCGCUGAGUAAGUACAAGAAGAAGGCUCUCGGAAAUGGCAAAACGAAGGCGAGGUACCAUGCUAACGCGAAAAAGAAGUCUUUUAUCCAGGAGGAUGGAGAAGUGGAAAUGGACGAUAGCGUCGAGGAAGAAGAGGAGCCGGAAUUCGAAGAGGUAGACGAGGAAGAAGACGAGUCGGAUCUGUCGUUGGUGAUGGAGGACAGCUCAGAUGACGAUCGCAUUAGUGUAUCAGACAAAUCUGUUGAAGAAGAGGAAGCGCCUGCUAACGAGAACCCGGAAGAAGCUCGACUGAUGAAAGAGUACCAGCUGGACUUGUCGGAGGAAGAUGCCAUCCUGUUGGCUAUUCAAAUGUCCAAGGAAUCAGCUAAAGAGAAGCCAACUGCACCUACAGUUGGGCCCUCGGAUGGUUUAAAACCAAAAACAAAGUCCAGUAACACAGGGGCUAAGGCUGGAGCUGCAGCCAAGAAGCGGAAGACUGCAGCUCCACGUGGACGACGGCGACGGAGCAAUAGUCAGUUAGUGUCUGAGGAGGAUGCCGUCCAGCUUGCAAUCCUGAUGUCCAAGGAGCUGCUUGAAGAGAAACAACCAGCACCUGAUGGAAAUCCUGCAUCAUCGGCCGGCUUAAAGCCAGCAAAGAAUUCCAGCAGUACUGAAUCCAAGGUCAGAUCUCCAACCAAAAAGACUGCUACAACUCCUCGUGAACAACAAAGCAGUGAUCAACAUGACGCUGUUGUGUCUGAGGAUGCCGCCCCACUACCAUCGGGUGACGGUAAACAAGCCGUAUCUGCAGGUAAAAAGACAGUGAAGCGUUCACGUAGCACAGGAGCCAAAUCUCGGCCUGCAGCCAAGAAACGCAAAAUUACUACAGCACCCCAAGAUGUACUACGAAGCAGCAACGAUCAAGGUAACAAUAUGUCCGAGUCGAUUGAAGAAAAACAAUCUACGGCUCCAAGUACUGCAGAUUCUGAGGCAUCGAAAGAAAUCCCCACUAGUAUCGGAGCUGAAGCUGACGCGGACAAGAAAAAUGCUGGCAGGCAACAAAGCAGCAAUGUCAAAGGAGUGCCGGAAGAUGGCUCCAAAGUAUCCAACGAGCCGACUACUGAAGCCUCGUUAGUAUCUGCAAAUGCCGCAGUUUCUGGCACCCCGAACACUUCAAAACCAGCAAAGAAAUCCAGCAACACUGUGGCCAAAACUAAAGCUAAAGCGACGCCCACGAAGCGAAAGAAGACUGCUAUAAGUCCGCGUAUUGGGCGGCGAAGCAAUGCCCAAGAUGACAUCGUGUCUGAAGCAAUCCAAAUAUCCAAGGAGUUGAUUGAAGAAAAGCAGCCUGCGGGUGCUGCAACUCAGGCAGAUAACAACCCAACAAAGCGUUCCAGCACCCGGGCCAAAGGUAGAGCUGCAGUCAAAAAGCGCAAGAAGACUGCUACUACUCCACGUCCUGAUCCUGGCGAGGCGCUAGCAGUCCAAGUGUUCAUGGAGGAAGAAAGGCAACCGGUACCUCCAGAAUCGGAAAGUAAAAAACCUGCAAAGAGUCCCAGUCGCACCAAUUCCAAGGCUGGAACUACUAAGAAGCGCAAGAAGACUGCCACAGCCCCACGUGGUAGAAGACGAAGCAGCAAUGACUUCAUGUCGGAGGAGGACGCUCUACGUCUGGCAUUAACGAUAUCUGAGCUUGAGUAUUAGUUGGGCAGUCUUAUACUCUUAUACUUUAGACCUCGUAAUGAUUUUGAAAUGGAUCCAGAUGGGAUACCCAACUGGUCAAUAGUACACAUUCCCAACGCUUGCC